CCCGGCGACGCCGAACGCGGGCUCCCAGCUGCCCGCGGGGCCCUCGGCGGGCGGGACCGUCCGCGGGGGCGCUGGACGGGGGUGGCAUGGAGGACGACGACGAGGAGAUUACCGCCGCCACGCUGCGGAUCAAGCCCCGGCCGCUGCCCCUCUCGGCGCUCUCCGCCUUCAGCUACGUCCCGCCGCGGCGCCUGGACCCCAAGGAGCACAGCUACUACUACCGCCUGGGCAAGACAGGAAUCAUUUCCUUGUAUGACUGUGUUUUUGACAAGAGCCCAGGCUACAAUCAGAAGUUGCACCGAGAUGACAGAGAACAUGCAAAAAGCCUGGGGCUUCACGUGAACGAGGAGGAGCGCCAGCGGCCCGUGGCAGUGCUGACGUCCUCUGUCUACGGGAGACGCAUCCACCAGCCCGUGGAGCCCCUGAACCGAGACCACGGCCGCGCCAACCUCGUGAAGGCGGACUUCUACAGGAAGAACGACAUCCCCGGCAUCAAGAGCCCCGGCUUUGGCCACGUUUCUCCAGCCUGACGGCCCCUGCCGUGGCCUGGACGGCAGGUGGCACAGACGGGCAGCGCCUGGACCUUGUUUCCCCCGCCACGGGGGCCACGGAGCCCGCUUGAAGCCACUUGCGCCUGGACGGGGGGGG